ACUUCAGUAUACACAGCAACAAAUAGUGAUGAACGCAUGCGAAAGAAUCUUCAAGAGUAUUUGAGCAAAGCGAGAAACAUGCAACCUGGUAAAAUAAGAAAAUCAAGAUGAGAUAUAUGUAUCAAUAUCAACAACGCACUCAUGCGGACCACGAGUACACAUCAACAAAAAGUCCAAUCAACGUCUCAACGACAAUCAGUUUAACCAAUGAAGUCAUAAACAACCCGAUGUACAUUCGAAUGAUUCAUGGAACGAUUAUCGGGUUCAUUUUAACAUCCGGAUUAUUUUUGAAUGGUUCCUUAGUUACGCUCUUUACGACAAAAAGCCAGCUGCGAACGCCAACAAACUUGUUAUUAUCGAGCUUGACAGUUUCGAAUUGCAUUCUGUGCAUAUUCGUGCUGCCAUCAAACAUGGCGAGUAUUUUUGACCCAGAGAUAAAAUACGAAGGCGCUUUGUGUUAUAUAAUCGCAUUGUUCUCUCAAUUAUGGUGGGUGGCUAACGUGUACGUUUUAACCUUUCUAAGUAUAGACCGAUACAAGCUCAUCACAACUCCUCUAUGCUACAGACAAAUCAUGACAACCACAAAAUCGAAAACUUACAUUGCAAUAUCGUGGGCUGUCGCUAUAAUUAUCGCUAUAAUUCCGACGAUGGGUUGGACGAAAUACACAUUCAGUGAGAUUGAAAACACGUGUACCGUGGAUUGGAAUAAAAGUUUCUCGUUUAACAUGUUUUUUACAGCGAUUACAUUUUGGAUUCCUUUUCUCGUGAUUACCUACUGUUACAUCAGUAUCAUAUCGAACGCACAUGGCAACGUGAACAGAAUCGGUUUGAUGUUGUCUUCGCGUAUGGUUAAUCAAGUCAGGCGCAACUCGAUUUAUAAAACAGUGAAAACAAGUUUCGUGAUUGUGUUUACCUUUUUAAUAGCUUGGGUACCACACUUUACGCUCGUGUACAUUUAUAGCUUCUCUGGCGAGCCCGAGAAUUACAUCCGGUGGAAGCUGAUACAGCCGACUAAAUACCUCCCUGUAUUUAUUUACCCAUAUAUCUUUGCGUACAGAAACAGCUCGUUACGUAGGGAUCUGCAUAUUUUUUAUGAUAAAUUCAAGCCGCGAAGAGACAUUCGAAAAAUCGAGCCAGCGAGAACAAUCGACGAGAAUGAUUUCCCGGAGAACGUUUCGCGAAGAAACAGUCGCACGGAAUCCAUGCAGAGCUUACAACCAAUCAACGUCGAGCCUCAUGUCGUGGAGUGCUCGAAAAAAAGCAGUCGAAAUAACUCUUUAAAUAGUGCAUGCAUCGAACGUGGAGUCUAUUCACGUCAAAAGUCAUUCCUAUUCAUGGCUGUAAAGAGAGAUAGCGUGGUAUCAACUCUCCCUAGUGUCGAAGUAUAACGCGAAACAAACUGACAACCUU